AUGCUGCUUCUUUUCAAAGAAAAAAGAAAAGCCAAAAAUCAGGCUAGAGAUAUUAAAGAACAGUAUAAUACCAAAAAAAUGGAGUUAAUUGAUCAAGAAGACAUAGUAAAUGAGCUAUAUAAUAGUGAUACUGAAGAUGAACUGGACAUUAGUAAUAAAAAUGAAGACAAGACACCAAAGUCAACUUAUUAUAAUAAGUAUAGGCCAACCAGUAUUUUUACUAAAGCAGCAGUUGGUACAAAAAAAAUUACUAGCUUUUUUACAAGUUUACAACCAUCAAACCCAAACGACUUAGAAGAAAUCUCUGAUAAUUCAGAUA